GACAUCAGUUCAUCAUAUACCGUUAAUACAAAUCCUGCAAAAAUGGUCGAAAAACAAAUAUCCAAAAAAUCGGAACGAGUACAUGCGUUCGAUAAACUGGAAGAUCUAGUCGGACAGUACCAAAAAGUUACCCACUGGUUCGGCUUUGAUAUCUAUCGUGACGAUUACAAAUUGAACGGGGCUCUUUUCUACUCAUUUUUCGUGACAAUUUGUUACACGGUUAAUUGCGUUUCCUGGGCUGUCGUUGCUGGAAAGAAAGGCGAUCUGAACGAACUCCUGAACUCGAUAUGUUGCAUCUUUACAUCAUUUCAGCAUCAAUGUAAAAUACUUUCCGUCAUCUUUUGCCGGCAAGAAAUUUACGCAGUUCAUGGCGAAGUUCUUCGGUUAACGAGAUCGGCUACUGGAGAGGCCGAAGAAACUUUCUACAAAUUCAACUUGCUAUACGAAAAAAUUGGAAAGACAAUAUUCUAUCUCUACGCAACAGCGGUCGGUACAUUCUGCAUAAAUCCACUACUGUCCUAUAUUAUAACGGGAAACGUUGAACCGAUGUUCAAUGUUAAAUUUCCUGGCAUGGAUAAUGACACGGUUACUGGAUACUUAGUCAAUACGAUUGGUGGAAUGAUGGUAAUGAGUAACACUGGUACCGUUUUUGCUGCCUGCGAUGCUUGGACUUGCUAUUACUUUCUAUUUACAGGCGAAUAUGAAGAACUCAUCGAACAGAAGAUUCAAUAUAUGAACAGAAAGAUUUUGGAAUCCGAAAAAGAGGGUACAUUGAGAAAUAAGAAAAAAUUGGAAGAAUUUCACCGAAUGCUCAUUGAUUCGAUAAAAACGAGUCAGAACGUAGAAAAGUUUUUCAACCAAAUGAAAUUCUUCGAACUAUUGUGCCUCGGGCAGAUUUCCUGCAUUUCAGCUACGAUGAUGUGCUCAAUUAUUGUGAUGAAAAUAACUGGAUGGGUCACGUUACUUACGUAUAUUGCGGCUCACUUUUUUCAGCUCGCUGGUUACAGUAUCGCAGGAACUUACAUUGAAACGAAAUAUGAGCGACUGCAAGUGUCUAUCUACAGCUUGCCAUGGUUUUACUUAAGUAUUCCGGAUCAGAAAUUAUUUCAGUUUUUCUUGCAAAACUCACAAACGCCAAAGAAAUUUUACCUUAUGGGCGCUCAAUCGAUCAAUGUUGCAACAGGAUUGGCGAUUGUCAAGUCAAUUUACUCGGUUAUCCUUAUGUUGGACAAUGUGAUCUAAGCCACCGAUUUCACUUUACCCAAAUUUUAUAUAUUUUUUUGAGCACUAGUUGUUUCGUAGAGAUUUUUUAUUCACCAACC